UUCCUCCUUUCUGCCUGUCUCUCUCAGCACUCUCUUGGUCUCUCUUUUGCCUGAGGCGAAGCAGUGCACAGACUAUUGUGAAGUCUUUGUCUAUAGCUUAUGAUGCUGAAGGCACCUCACUUGCAGGCAGAUAACUGAGAUUAAAUUCGCUUAGGAAAGAGCUGCCCUCUCUAUUUUCUCUUAGCAGUUGUUUGCUCAGGAAGCAGGUUGAUUGGGAGAGAAACUACUGGGGCCGCUUGGUUGUCAAGUUUUCCGGGAGUCCUCUGCACAGGGACAGAAGCCAGGGAGGAGCCACCCAGGAUUACAGGCUCAGUGUUGGAGUAUGCGUUUGUGUGUGUUCGCCUGAAAGUCUGAGUGAGCAUUGGUUUGGAUGAGCUUCCUCCGUUGGUAGUGACACAGGUGUGAGGCAGCAACACCCACACCAAAAAACCACCCCCCGGCAGCCAUGCCGCCGCCGGCAGACAUCGUCAAGGUGGCCAUAGAGUGGCCGGGGGCUUUCCCCAAGCUCAUGGAGAUAGACCAGAAAAAGCCUCUCUCAGCCAUCAUUAAAGAAGUGUGUGAAGGGUGGUCCUUGGGGAACCAUGAAAACUUUGCUCUGCAGAUUGCUGAUGCAACAAAUUUUUACAUCACAGAAAAGAAUCGCAAUGACAUUAAGAAUGGCUCGAUACUACGUUUGACCACCUCUCCUUACCAGACAGCAGUCCAGCUUCAUGAGCGGAUCCAGUCAUCCAGCAUGGAUGCUAAGCUGGAGGCUCUGAAGGAUCUGGCCAACGCAUCCCGAGACAUCACCUUUGCCCAGGAGUUCAUCAACCUGGACGGCAUCUCCCUGCUCACUCAGAUGGUGGAGAGCGGGACUGAGCGCUAUCAGAAACUACAGAAGAUAAUGAAGCCCUGCUUUGGUGACCUGCUGUCCUUCACUCUGACUGCCUUUGUGGAGCUGAUGGACCACGGCAUCGUCUCCUGGGACACUUUCUCUGUGGCCUUCAUCAAGAAGAUUGCCAGCUACGUGAACAAGUCGGCGAUGGACACGGCAGUGCUGCAGCGUUCCCUGGCCAUCCUGGAGUCCAUGGUCCUCAACAGUCAGGAUCUGUACCACAAGGUGGCGCAAGAGAUCACCAUUGGACAGCUCAUCCCGCAUCUUCAGGGGACUGAUCAGGACAUUCAGACCUACACUAUUGCUGUCAUCAAUGCUCUGUUCCUCAAAGCUCCUGAAGAGAAGAGACAGUUUGAUGAGCACAUUGUGGACAUCCUAAAUUGUCCCCUGACAGAGAUGGCCCAUAUUCUUGCCCAGAAACAGCUGCGCUCCAUCAUUCUCAGUAACGUGAUCCGGAGCCCAACGCCCAUCAACGAUGAGAUGGCCCACCAGCUGUAUGUGUUGCAGGUGCUCACCUUCAACCUGCUGGAGGACCGCAUGAUGACCAAGAUGGAUCCCCAGGACCAGGCUCAGAGGGACAUAAUCUUUGAGCUGCGGAGAAUUGCCUUCGAUGUGGAGUGCGAGCCCAACAACAGCGGCAGCAUUGAGAAACGCAAGUCCAUGUAUACCCGCGACUACAAGAAGCUCGGCUUUAUUAACCAUGUGAAUCCAGCUGUGGAUUUCACCCAGAUUCCUCCAGGCAUGCUGGCUCUGGAUAACAUGUUGUACUUUGCCAGGCAUCACCAGGACGCCUACAUCAGGAUCGUCCUGGAGAACAGCAGCCGAGAAGACAAGCACGAGUGUCCGUUUGGCCGCAGCAGCAUCGAGCUGACCAAGAUGCUCUGUGAGAUUCUCAAAGUGGGCGAGCUCCCCAGUGAAAACUGCCACGACUUCCACCCGAUGUUCUUCACCCACGAUCGCUCCUUUGAGGAGUUCUUCUGCAUCUCCAUCCAGCUGCUCAACAAGACCUGGAAGGAGAUGAGAGCCACAAGUGAAGACUUCAACAAGGUAAUGCAGGUGGUGAGGGAGCAGAUCAUGCGAGCACUGACUCUCAAGCCUAAUUCCCUGGACCAGUUCAAGAGUCGCCUGCAGAACCUGAGCUACACAGAGAUCCUGAAGAUACGCCAGUCCGAGAGAAUGAAUCAGGAAGAUUUCCAGUCCCGCCCCAUCCUGGAGCUGAGGGAGAAGAUCCAGCCAGAGAUCAUGGAGCUGAUCAAACAGCAGAGGCUCAACAGGUUGUGUGAAGGAACCUGCUUCAGGAAAAUCAGUAGUCGCAGGAGGCAAGAUAAGUUUUGGUAUUGCCGUCUGUCUCCGAACCAUAAAGUCCUGCACUAUGGAGAUCUGGAAGAGAGCCCUCAGGGCGAGGUGCCCCACGACUCUUUACAGGACAAACUGCCUGUGGCUGAUAUCAAAGCUGUUAUCACCGGCAAAGACUGUCCUCACAUGAAGGAGAAGGGAGCCCUGAAGCAAAACAAGGAGGUGUUAGAGCUGGCCUUUUCUGUCCUCUAUGAGUCCGACGAGUAUUUAAACUUUAUCGCUCCUGACAAGCAUGAGUAUUGCGUGUGGACAGACGGUCUUAACGCCCUCCUCGGUAAGGAGAUGACCAGUGAUUACACCAAAUCUGACAUGGACACCCUGCUCUCCAUGGAGAUGAAGCUCCGCCUCUUGGAUCUAGAGAACAUCCAGAUUCCCGAGGCCCCGCCCCCGAUUCCCAAAGAACCUAGCAACUAUGACUUUGUUUAUGACUGUAACUAGACAAACGACCAUACAAGACCGAACCCUGACCCACCCAGCACCUACUGUACUCACUGGACCAAUCCCUCCUUUUCUUAUAAACUGGAACAAAAAUGAAUAAAACCAUAUACUAUUAAAAAAAAACAUGAACUGUGAUUGAAAGAAAAAGGAUUUAUUGAACUAUUUUCCUCUUGCUUCUCGCUAGACCUUUAUAAGAGAGAAAAUGGUGCAUAUUAGUAGGCGCGGUACACUUGAGGGACUCUGGUGGGGUUGAUGCAGAGUCAUCAGGUUUUCAUGGAGAUGAAAAACCAGGAAGUAUUUGUUUGGCCUGUCGCUGGUCAUCCUGCAUCUUCUUCCUCAUUCUCCUCCUGUGUCUGAUGUUCCUAAACAUUCACUUCUUCUUCUUCUUCUUCUCGGCCGAGGCGCCAGCUGUCAUCUUGCUUGAAGAUUGUUGUAGACAAAUGCUUAGAAAUUCUAUUUGAUUCAGCUUCCUUGUUGUCCUUUUUUUUAAUGUUUAUUUUAUUAUUUUUCCUCAGGGCUUUUGUGUGGGGAGGGAUGGUGGUUGCGUAGUUCAGGAGCAGGGAGGGACGGGGGGGGGUUUGUGUUUUGUUGUCAACUUCCCAGCAGUAUUUCCUGUCACACUCUCACUUACAGUAUUUGUGGCAGCUAAAUGUUUCCCCAAGAGGCUGAACAGAAGGUUGAAGUACAUUUUAAGACAAAUACUUCUUAAAAAUAGUCUCUUAUAUUGGUUCUGUCCUGCUACACAUAUACUGAAGACUGUUAGAAUAAGCCAAUCCUCGAAAAUCCAGGCACUGUACUACAGUAAAAAGCCUCUCUUUUGAAUAUUCUAAUGUUAAUGUUAUUAUCCCACCGCUGCUUAUUGCAUAUUGUACACACCCACACAGUGGCUUUGCCAAAAACAACCGUAAAAGCACUCCCCAUUGUGAAACACACAAACAAACACACACUCGUCUCUCCCUCAUUUGAGUCUCUCUCGUUGUAAUGACUGCUGUACACAACAUUCCUAAGCAAUAUUUGAGCUUUUUUUUGUUUAUCAUUUGUAAGAUGCUCAUAAUUUAGUGAUUUUAAAAUUGUGAAACUGCCAAGUAGUUGGUAUUACAGAGAGGAUGUUAGUAUUUGGUCAAGGGAAGUUGUCUUUAUUUGUGUGUUCAGGACUAUAUGGCCACAAAAUUGAAAGUUUAUGUAUUUUUUUAAUUUAAAAACAGAUCAUGGUUGUUAUUUCUAGUAUGAUUUAUAUAUUUUCCCCUUCCUAUUUAAUACCUUCAGAUGGUUUUUUUUUCUUUAGGAUUUUUUCAAAGCCCCUCAAAACUGCUGUUUACAUUAAAGAUUUAAGAACUGUAA